AUGGCGCCAACCACCGAGCUCGACAUUAUUUUCGGUGCCAUGACGUUUGGCAAAGAAGGCGAAGAACAAGUCCGCACCUCGAACCUCUCAGACUGUGCGGCCAUCCUAGACACCUUCCAGAAGCAUGGUCACUCCGAAAUCGAUACCUCGCGCUUCUACGGAGGCGGCACUUCUGAAGAAUACCUCGCCGCGCUCAAGUGGCAAGACCGCGGCCUCGCCAUCGACACUAAGUUCUUUCCCAACGUUCAGGGUUGGAUGGGUCGCCCAGUAACUCAUCUCGACGCCGAAAGCAUGCGUAACGGCCUGUCUGAGUCCCUCAAAGCCCUGGGUGGCGCAGAAAAGGUUGAUCUGUGGUACCUGCAUGCUCCCGAUCGGAGUGUACCUCUCCAGGAGACGCUCAAGGCCGUUGAUGAACUGUACAAGCAAGGAAAAUUCAACAGAUGGGGCGUCAGCAACUACAUGAGCUGGGAGGUCGCCAGUAUCUGUGAGAUUUGCGACCGUGAAGGAUAUAAGCGCCCUGAGGUGUACCAGGGUGUGUACAACGCGCUCUACCGCACCAUCGAGCAGGAGCUCCUUCCCUGCCUGCGUAAAUACAACAUGGCAUUCUACGCCUUUAACCCUCUGGCCGGCGGCUAUCUGACGGACCGAUAUCACCGCGACACCCCGGACUCUGCCGUUGAGGCAGGCAGCCGCUUUGAUCCCAACAGGAUGCAGGGGAAGAUGUACCGCGCACGAUUUUGGAAUGAUGCCUUCUUCGACGCGUUGGAUGUAGUACGGGCAGCGACCAAGGAAGCAGGUAUUAGGGAGAGCGAGGCGGCGCUGCGGUGGAUGAUGCAUCAUUCGCAGCUGGACAAGAAGUUUGGCGACAAGGUCAUCAUCGGAGCAAGCAGCGAAACGCAGCUAAAGCAGAAUCUGGACGAUUUUGAGAAAGGGAAACUGGAUGAUGGGGUGCUUGCGGCUUUCGAUCAGGGGCGGGAGCUGUGCAGGGGGGUGACGUGGAAGUACUACCAUUGA